UCUACAAUCCGAUCCCAUGGAAGCCAAUUCACGUCCCUCCUCCCGAAACAUCAGUGAAUAAGACGUCUGACAAGAAACCUCAGAAACAGAGGAAGAACCAGCAAACCCCCAGCACUGCUUUUAGGCUCCAAAACACUGUACUGUUUCCCAUUACAAAGCCUCAUUAGAAAAUCCAUAUCCCAAGAUGCAGUGGUGCAAGUGGGCUGGCAGUUGGAGAUCACACCUACCAAGACAGUCUGUAGGGCCGGAGAUUGAGGACUCUUUUGACUUUCUUUUCAAAAUCAUCUUGGUCGGGGACUCGAAUGUGGGGAAAACCUGCGUGGUCCAGAGCUUCAAGUCAGGCAUAUUCAUUGAGAAGCAGCAAAACACCAUCGGGGUCGACUUCACUGUUCGUACCCUGGACAUUGAUGGCAAGAAAGUGAAGAUGCAGGUGUGGGACACAGCAGGACAGGAGCGUUUCCGCACCAUAACUCAGAGCUACUACCGCAGUGCCCACGGGGCCAUGGUGGCCUAUGACAUCACACGGCGCACCACGUUUGAAUCUGUUCCCCACUGGAUCAGGGAGGUGGAGCAAUACGGGGCUGCGAGCGUGGUACUGAUACUCAUUGGUAACAAGUCGGACCUUCAGGCGCAGAGACAGGUGCUGUUCGAGGAUGCGUGCACUCUGGCAGAAAACAAUGGCGUUCUCGCUGCUCUAGAAACCUCAGCCAAGGAGGCCCAGAACGUGGAGGCGGCCUUCAUCCUCAUGGCCCGGGAGCUGCUGGCACGCAACGGCAUGACCAUCACAGAUGAGUCCUCUCAGGAUCCACCCCAGUUCAUGUUGAGUAACAGCUCCCACCCAGUUCAUGGUACUGUGCCGUUGGAUAAGAAGUGUGGGUGCUGAGCGAAUUGAAGCAGGGAUGUGUCGAUUAAGACUUGCUUGAAAAAUAGUCGUGGCAGCCUGAAUAUUCAACAUACAUGUGUGCUUGAAAAGUUUCUCCACAAGGAGGACGGAGGUUAAUCUUUUUUUUUAGAGAAACUCCAUAUGUUGCAUUGUGUGUGUGUGAAUGUAGGUUUUGUAUGUGUUUUGAUGUUUAAUAUUUAUAGUUAGUGGAAUCAGUUUAACGCAGGUUUUAAAUGACAGUUGCUUAACA